AUCAAUCAAAUAAUCCAUCCCUCUGGCUCUGGUGUUGUAUAGUAUACUUCAGAGUUCAGUGAUGGUUAUAAGGAACACACUCUUAGUUUUGGGACUGGAAACCUUAGGGCGAGGCUCAGAGGAUCUGGAAAAUUCUUAUUGGAGAUUGCCAUAUCAGUUAUGGACGUUAAAACGUAUGAGUUGUGUGUUGAUGCUGCAAUCACUGGCAUAAUGACUCCUCCUUUAGUGGAACUCCAGGUGAUUCCUUAAAUAAUUACCCUGCCACUUGAAAAUUUGUUGGAAGGUGCAACUCUUUAUAGGCACAAAAAGGGCAAAAACCAGCAACCCAACUAUAUAUAGUCUUAGGUGAGUUUCUACAGUGUCUGUUAUUUGUGCCCCUUCUAAGCAUAACAGUGGAUGGAAUGGUCAGUAAUAAUUUUUGUAAUUUUCUUUUCUUUUCCACAGCAGAAGCUUCAGGCAGUUGUCUUUCAUCCUCCAAGAUAAUUUUCCUGCUUCCUUUCUCUGAUUUUUAUUUUUAUGUGAAUUAGUUUUAAUGGUGUGUUUUAUGGCAAACAAAUGAUUUUUCUCAUUUUUUCUUUUCUCUUAAAUGAAUUUAAUUUAAGCUCGUUGGUAUUAAUGAGCUUAUAUAUUAUAUAGUUUUAUUCCUAAGCUUUCAUUUAAAUUCUGAAUUGUAUAUACUCUAUUAAUAUAUAUUUUUGCUUAUUGUGGGGUAUAUUCUACAUGUAUCCUACAAUUAAGACUCCAUGGAAGGUGAAACUAAGAGAGAGAUGAUCCAAACACACAUCCUCAGAGGAGGUUUCUCUUAUCAUGGCUGAAGUACUUGCUUUUUCUGUUGACUCUGAUAUUCAAGUACCUAAUUUGCUGCCAAAGCCAAAGAGUUAUUGUUGAAACGUGAAAAAGCAUCUUCACCUGCUGUCAUUAAUAUAGUAUUAUCUUGAUGAAUUUUAUCUUUUCAUCCCUUCUAGUGAUGUCGAGUUUGUUUCAACAAAGGUAGUCUCAAGAAACUUGUCUCAUUUUUGGGACCAGAAACCCAACAAGAGGGGCUCAAGACAAUCCAAAGAAUUUUUAUAGGAGAUGUUCGUAUUAGUUAUGGAAUGUCAAUGAGUAUGGAUCUGUAUUGAUGCAACAAUUACUGGUAUAAAUGCCUCCUCCAUUGAUGUAACUCCAGGUGAUUCCUUAUGUAACUUGCUGUAAUUAGUUCACAA